CUGCCACACAAUCUUUGACGUCCUACGGCAUCAGUAGUUUGUAGAACUGGUGAAGAAAUACGCCUUUUUCAACGGUUCAUGUUCAGUUAACAAAUGAGAUUAUCGGAAAUUUAUGGAUACGUACCAACAAAGUGGUUAAGCGUCAUAGCAAUUGUUUCCUUUACCAUUUGCGAAAUUAUCAAUCUAUUGGAAAUUAUAAAACAUCAAAGCCGUGCUUCAAUUGCUGCUUUUAUUGGAACCAUUGGUGAGAUAAUUUCCUGGAUCGUUCGACUUUAUGCCUCCUCUCACAGUAAUAAUGAUACGGACAUUGUUCCGGAAAUCAUACAAUGUGUUUUGAUCAUGGAUUUUCCUGUUUUCUACACUGCACAAAUGUGUACUGCACUUAAGCAUUUAGUUACGCAAUAUGGAGCCGAUAUUGGUGUCCUUGGCCAGAGACUCUAUGGGCUCGCUUAUAUCACUAGUGAUGUCAUUUCCUUGAUCAUACAAUUUGCGAGAAUUGAUACCGCAACUGAAGAAAAUAAAGACGGUAGGAAAGAACACGCCGGUUCUGAUAUUAUUUUGCUUGGUAUCUUCCUCCAACUUGCGACCGUGCUCGCUUUCGCCGUCUGCAGUGUUGAUUACUGGUACCAUCACUAUUAUAUUAAUCCUUAUAAACAACCCGGCUUGCGAACUUAGUUGAGAUUUUGUUCUUGGAAGACAACAUUACUGUUCUCUUUCAUGCGAUAAUGAACUGUUAAUAAAAUU